UUUGUUUGUUAUAUUAUAACUCACAGAAAAUCGAAACAUGAAUUAUUAUUAAGUUUGGUAGACCACCAUGAUUACUGUUUUUUGUUAAUUUUCAGUUUGUAAAUACUCUGCUCUAGAUAUCUAAAGAAACUCCAUAGGAUUCGUAAUCGCAAAUUUCAACCUUUAUAUAUCUAAAAUUUUUCUGAAGUGCUGUUUGGCCAGAAGAUGUCUAAAGAUUAUCCAGACUCAUCACUUUCAGAGAGGGAAAGAUUAGAAUGGUUGGAAACUUUUGAGCAAAUUUCUGAAAUUCAAGCUCAAGAAAAGAAAGGGAUUAGAGAUAGAAUGAUAAACAAAAUAAAAAGUAAUCCUUUUGUCCCCAUUGGGAUGUUGGCAACAACAGCUGCAUUGAGCUAUGGUGUAUAUUCAAUGCGAAGUGGUAAUAAGAAGAGGUCUCAGCAAAUGAUGCGAGCUAGAGUCCUUUGUCAAGGAUUUACAAUUGCUGCUUUACUUGUGGGUAUUGUUGUUGCAGCCAAAACAAAACCUUCAAAAAAUUAAUGUCUAAAUAGUGUAUAUUUUGUAAACAUUCAGUGUACAUAGACAACUGAAUAAAUUUCUAGCUGCUGAAAACUUAAAAAUACCUUUUAUAAGGUAAUUGGAAAAUUGUAUAGUUAUUAUUCUUUGGCUUUUAAGAUAAAUUAUCUUAAUCACACUUACUUAAUAGAAUAUUGUAUACUUAUCUGAAUGUCUUUUGUUCAUAUGCUCUAUAUGUUUCUAUGCAUGUCAUUAUGACUUCAUUGGCAAUAAAGUUUUCAAGACGGUG